UCCCCUCUUACUUCUCUACUCUCUCUCUCUCUGAUUUCUGAUCUCUCACUCUCCACUUAAUAAUUUUACUUGUGGCCUCUAUGGGCACUCGUAACGAACCUGAACACCCGGUAAGCUUUGCUCCCCCUAGAGGCUUUUCCACCGUCUUGAAAUCGGAUCUGAAAGAAACUUUCUUCCCCGACGAUCCGUUCCACCAAUUCAAAAAUGAAAAACCCUCUCGCUGUGCCAAAAAAGCCAUACAAUACUUCGUCCCCAUCUUCGAAUGGCUUCCCAAAUAUAAUUUACGUUUACUCCGAUAUGAUCUCCUGGCGGGCAUCACCAUUACUAGCCUUGCCAUCCCCCAAGGAAUCAGCUACGCCAAACUCGCAUUCCUUCCUCCCAUCAUUGGCCUCUAUUCUAGCUUUGUUCCGCCUCUCAUAUACGCUGUUUUCGGGAACUCGAAGCAUAUUGCAGUGGGAACCGUAGCUGCAUGCUCAUUGCUCCUGCAGUCGACCCUUUCAGAUGUGGUAUCGCCAAAAGAUGAUCCGGCAUUGUAUAUCCAGUUAAUUUUUACUACAACUUUCAUCACUGGUAUCUUUCAGACAGCUCUAGGUUUUCUGAGGUUGGGAAUUUUAGUGGAUUUUUUAUCGCAUUCGACGAUAACUGGUUUUAUGGGAGGGACGGCGAUAAUUAUCUGCCUACAACAGUUAAAGGGAUUUUUCGGAAUGCAUCAUUUCACGACUAAAACAGACGUCAUAUCUGUAAUGCAUGCAAUCUUCGAGAACAGAAAGGAGUGGAGGUGGCAGAGUGCAGUAGUCGGUGUGACUUUCCUUUGUUUCCUUCAAACAACUAGAUACGUGAAAAAAAAGAACCCAAAGCUAUUUUGGGUGUCGGCCAUAGCUCCAAUGGUGACCGUUGUAGUUGGAUGUUUGUUCGCUUAUUUCGCUCAUGCGGAGUACCAUGGUAUUCAAAUUGUGGGACAUUUGAAGAAAGGAAUAAAUCCUCUUUCAAUCAAUUUGCUAAACUUUAAUUCUAAAUAUCUACCAACGUUAAUAAAAGCGGGGAUUACAACUGGCCUUAUAGCUAUGGCCGAAGGAAUAGCAAUUGGAAGAAGCUUUGCCAUUAUGAACAAUGAACAAGUUGAUGGGAAUAAGGAGAUGAUAGCUUUUGGCUUUAUGAACAUUGUUGGGUCUUUCACUUCAUGCUACUUGACAACUGGACCAUUUUCGAAAACUGCUGUAAAUUUCAAUGCCGGAUGUAAGACUGCCAUGUCAAACGUAGUGAUGGCGAUCGGCAUGGGGCUGACGCUGCUGUUCUUGGCUCCUCUCUUUAGUUACACCCCUCUGGUUGCUUUAUCUGCCAUUAUAAUGUCUGCCAUGCUUGGACUCAUCAACUAUGAAGAGGCUUAUCACCUCUUCAAGGUCGACAAGUUCGAUUUUAUCAUUUGCAUGACUGCCUUCUUCGGUGUUGCAUUCAUAAGCAUGGAUGUUGGCAUCAUUCUUUCGGUUGGACUUAGUCUAAUUAGAGCACUCGUAUACAUGGCAAGGCCUGCCACUUGCAAGCUUGGAAAAGUUGCCAGCUCAAGUGUGUAUCGUGACAUUGAGCAGUAUCCAGAUUCAACGAACAUCGAGGGCAUCCUACUUCUACAACUUGGUUCCCCUAUUUACUUUGCCAAUUCCACCUACAUCAGAGAAAGGAUCUUGAGGUGGAUUCGAGAGGAACAGGCUGUUUCAAAUUCUGAAGGAAGUAAUCUUGAGAAUGUUUUAUUAGAUUUGACAGGGGUUACAUCUAUUGACAUGACGGGCAUCGAAACGCUAACUGAAAUACGUAAAACCUUGCAAGCAUAUGACAUUAAGAUGGCAAUCAUAAACCCAAGGAUUAGGGUUAUGGAGAAGAUGAUAGCCUCGAAAUUCGUAGACACCAUUGGGAAGGAGUAUUUCUUCUUGUCUAUAGAUGAGGCAAUUGAAGCAUCUCGGUUUUUGCUUCGCGAGUCGAAACUGCAAAUCAGAUGUAACUCCUGAUCAGAAGACUCCUCUUGUAUACGGUGAUAUACAAUAUAU